AUGAGAGAGUACAAUAUAUACAAUGAGAUAGCUAGGUCUUAUGAUCCUAAUAACUACCACGUGCCGAGAUCAUGGUUGAAGCCGAGCCAAAACCUGUUGGUCAUAUUCGAGGAGAUUGGAGGAAACCCAUCAGCUGUCUCUUUGGUUAAAAGAUCAGUUUCUGGAGUUUGUGCUGAAGUUUCUGAAUACCAUCUGAAUAUCAAGAACUGGAAACUCGAAAGCUAUGGAAAAGGACAAACAUUUCAUAGACCUAAGGUUCAUUGGAAAUGUAGUCCUGGUCAGGCCAUUUCAGCUAUUAAGUUUGCAAGCUUUGUGACGCCUUUGGGAAAAUGCGGGAGUUACCAACAAGGAGAGUUUCAUGCAGCUACUUAA